GAUGAUUAUAUUGUAUGGUACUGGGGGCGGCCGUAGCCGCAGCCGCAGGAUGGGUCGCGCGCGCGGACCCCGUCGGCAGCCGGAGCAGCAGACGCCUCAGUAACUCGGGCCCCCGAGCCACCGCCCCCCGCCCGGGUCGCCAGCCCUCAGCUCAUGCGCUCGCCGAGCGGCGGCAGCAGCGGGAGUAACAGCCGCCGCCGCCGCCGCCACCCCCGCCCGAGAAGCUGAGGCGCUGAGGCGCUGCGCCGCGGCGGGAGUCCGAGGCGGGCAAGCGGUGAGCGGGCAGCGUGGGGCCGCCGAGGCGCGCUUGGGGUUCGGGGCCGCCGCCGCCACCGCCGCUCCUGGGAGAUGUGCCCGGAGGAGGGCGGCGCGGCCGGGCUGGGCGAGCUCCGCUCCUGGUGGGAAGUCCCGGCCAUCGCGCACUUCUGCUCGCUCUUUCGCACCGCGUUCCGCCUGCCCGACUUUGAGAUCGAGGAGUUAGAAGCAGCUCUUCACAGAGAUGAUGUAGAGUUUAUCAGUGACCUGAUCGCCUGCCUGCUUCAGGGCUGCUAUCAACGAAGGGAUAUCACGCCUCAGACAUUCCACAGCUACCUAGAGGACAUUAUCAACUACCGCUGGGAGCUUGAAGAAGGGAAGCCUAACCCUUUGAGAGAAGCCAGUUUCCAAGACCUGCCCCUUCGUACUCGUGUGGAAAUCCUGCACCGCCUCUGUGAUUAUCGGCUAGAUGCAGAUGAUGUCUUCGAUCUUCUCAAGGGUUUGGAUGCAGACAGUCUCCGUGUGGAACCAUUGGGUGAAGACAAUUCAGGGGCACUCUAUUGGUAUUUCUAUGGAACACGAAUGUAUAAGGAGGACCCGGUGCAAGGAAAAUCCAAUGGAGAACUCUCGUUGAGCAGGGAAAGUGAAGGACAAAAAAAUGUCUCUGCUGUUCCUGGGAAAACAGGAAAAAGAAGAGGAAGACCCCCAAAACGGAAGAAACUACAGGAGGAAAUUUUAGUGAAUGAAAAACAAGAAGAAAACUCCUUGGCAUCUGAACCACAGACAAGAAAUGGGUCCCAAGGGCCAGGUCAAGGCACUUGGUGGCUCCUGUGCCAAACAGAAGAAGAAUGGAGACAGGUCACUGAGAGUUUUCGGGAGAGGACCUCCCUUCGAGAACGGCAGCUCUAUAAGCUCCUCAGUGAGGACUUCCUGCCUGAGAUCUGCAAUAUGAUUGCCCAGAAGGGAAAGCGUCCACAGCGCACAAAGGCAGAGUUGCAACCUAGGUGGAUGUCUCACCACCUGUCCGUCAAAUCCAUCAAGAGAGAGGAGACCCCUGUGCUUAGCAGAAUAGAAAAACAGAAGCGCAAAGAGGAGGAAGAAGAACGUCAAAUUCUUCUCGCAGUGCAGAAGAAGGAGCAGGAGCAGAUGUUAAAGGAAGAGAGAAAACGAGAGCUGGAGGAAAAGGUCAAGGCCGUAGAAGAUCGAGCAAAGAGGAGAAAGCUCAGGGAAGAAAGGGCAUGGCUGCUGGCCCAAGGGAAGGAGCUCCCCCCAGAACUUUCCCAUCUGGACCCUAGUUCCCCCAUGAGAGAAGAAAAAAAGACUAAAGACCUCUUUGAGUUGGAUGAUGAUUUCACUGCCAUGUAUAAAGUUCUAGAUGUGGUAAAGGCUCACAAGGAUUCCUGGCCCUUUUUAGAACCUGUGGAUGAAUCAUAUGCCCCAAACUAUUACCAGAUUAUUAAGGUCCCCAUGGAUAUCUCAAGCAUGGAGAAGAAACUGAACGGAGGUUUAUACUGUACCAAGGAGGAAUUUGUAAAUGACAUGAAGACUAUGUUCAGGAAUUGUCGAAAAUAUAAUGGGGAAAGUAGUGAAUAUACCAAGAUGUCUGAUAAUUUAGAGAGAUGUUUUCAUCGGGCAAUGAUGAAGCAUUUUCCUGGUGAAGAUGGAGACACAGAUGAAGAAUUUUGGAUCAGAGAGGAUGAAAAGCGGGAGAAGAGGCGGAGCCGGGCUGGACGAAGCGGUGGAAGCCAUGUUUGGACCCGCUCCAGGGACUCUGAAGGGCCCAGCAAGAAACAGCAGCCAGUGGAGAAUGGAGGAAAGUCCUUGCCGCCUGCCCGCAGAACUUCCUCUUCUGGGGAUAAUCAAAGCAGCAGUUCCACACAACUCCCUCGGGAGGUGGGCACCUCAAAUGGCCGAGGCUUUUCUCGUCCCCUACAUUAUGGUGGGAUGCCUAACCAGGCACCCCUUUUAAACCAGAUGAGGCCAGCAGUACCAGGAACAUUUGGCCCUCUUCGAGGAUCAGAUCCUGCCAAUUUAUAUGUCUCCUCUAGGGUCCCAGAACCACACCCUGGAGAACCUAUGCAGCAGCAUCAGCCUUUUGCCAUGCAGCCUCCAGUUGGAAUUAACAACCACCGAGGACCCAGGCUAGGCACUCCAGAAGAGAAGCAAGUGUGUGGGGGGCUGACACACCUCAGUAAUGUGGGAUCACAUUCUGGAUCCUUGCAGCUUAGACAGAUGGGUGGCACUAGUCAGGAUGGAAAUAUUUAUCCCCCGACUCAAUUCCAGUCAGGAUUUAUUCCUCCCAGGCAUGGUGGGGCUCCAGCCCGACCCCCAGACUUUCCUGAAAGCUCAGAAAUUCCUCCCAGCCACAUGUACCGAUCGUACAAGUACCUGAAUCGAGUACACACCGCUGUCUGGAAUGGAAACCAUGGUGCUACAAACACAGGACCCUUGGGCACAGAUGAGAAGCCCCCCAUGGGGCCAGGACCCUCUCACCAGCCUCGAGCUCUUGGUCAUAUGAUGGAUUCCCGAGUGAUGAGACCUGCUCUUCCCCCAAACCAGUGGACUGAACAAUCAAGUUUUCUACCUCAUGGAGUUGCUUCUUCAGGGUAUAUGCGACCACCCUGUAAAUCUGGUGGACAUCGGUUACAGCCACCUCCAGCCCCAACACCAAGUUCUCUUUUUGGAGCACCCUCCCAUGCUCUGCGGGGGGUGCAAGGAGGGGACUCCAUGAUGGACAGCCCAGAGAUGAUUGCCAUGCAGCAGCUCUCUUCCCGAGUUUGCCCACCAGGUGUGCCUUACCACCCCCGGCAGCCUACACCCCCCCAUUUAUCUGGCCCUUUUUCACAGGUAGCUCACUCGACAUCAGUAAGUGUGUCAGCCCCCAAGCCUAUCUUGGGGAACCCUGGGAGGACACAGGAUAGCAGUGAAACACAAGAGCCUGAGAAUGACCGAGCAGAUCCCUUGCCUGGGCUUGAGGAGAAACCACCAAACAUGGGUGCUUCAGAGGGGAUGUACCUCAAACAGCUACCUCACCCUACACCUCCCUUGCAGACCGACUGUACCAGGCAGAGCUCACCACAAGAAAGGGAAACAGAGGGCCCAGAGCUCAAAAGCGACUCCUCAGAAUCUGGCGACAACUGGAAGGCAACAAAGAGCAAGAACACAUGGCCCACGGAGAGUGGCUCUACCAGCCCAGCCUCCCAGGGGUGUAUGCGAGACCUCUCCACUCUGGCAGAGAGAGGGGCUCUCCCCGAAAACGGACUGAUUGUUGAGGCAUCCCCUUGUGGCUCAGAAGGGAAAGGCCUUGGUGGUAGUGGUUCAGAAAAGCCACUCUGCCCCAGAGGCAAAACACUACCGGAAACCAUGCCAUGUACAAGGCAGAACCCAGCCACACCUCCCAACACAGACCCCAAUCUGAUGGGAGGCGCUGUAAGCCAGUUUUCCCCCUUGUACAUGUCUGGCCUGGAAUACCCAAAUUCAGCUACACAUUACCACAUCAGUCCAGGCCUGCAAAGUUUGGGCCCUGUGAUGGGAAGUAAACCCUCAGUGUCCCAUCCUCAGCAUUUCCCCCCUAGGGGCUUUCAGUCUAACAACCCUCAUUCUGGAGUCUUUCCCCGGUAUCGCCCCCCCCAAGGAAUGAGGUAUUCCUACCAGUCACCACCUCAGCCUUCCUACCAUCACUAUCAGCGAACUCCUUAUUAUCCAUGUCCACAGGGCUUUUCUGACUGGCAGAGACAUCUUCAUCCCCCAGGAAGUCCAAGUGGGCUCCCACCUAAUCCAGCCCCCCCACCAAGGCCCCUCUUCUCAGAUAAGAGCACCUUGGCUAAUCUGCAAGGCUGUGAGACACUGAAUGCUGCCUUAACUUCCCCAACCCAAAUGGAUGCGGUGGCUGCUAAAGUAGUCUCAACUGAUGGGCAGAAUCCUGGUCCAGAGGAAGACAAGCUGGAUGAAUCUAUGGAGAGGCCAGAGAGUCCCAAAGAGUUUUUAGACCUGGACAACCAUAAUGCAGCUACCAAGCGGCAGAGCUCAUUGUCAGCAAGCGAGUAUCUUUAUGGAACUCCUCCUCCACCUCUGAGUUCAGGGAUGGGAUUUGGUUCAUCAACUUUCCAGCCUCAUGGCAUGAUGCUACAGACGGGGCCUCCUUACACACCUCAGAGGCCCGCCAGUCAUUUCCAGCCCAGGGCUUACUCUUCCCCCGUGACUGCUCACCCGCCUCACCAUCCAGUGGCUGCCCAGCCCAACGGCCUCUCUCAGGAAGGCCCCAUCUAUCGCUGCCAAGAAGAGGGCCUGGGUCACUUUCAAGCUGUAAUGAUGGAACAAAUUGGCACUGGAAGUGGAAUAAGGGGACCUUUCCAGGAAAUGUACAGACCAUCAGGAAUGCAAAUGCAUCCAGGCCAGUCACAGUCCUCGUUCCCAAAGACCCCAGCACCAGCAGCGUCCCAGGAAGAGCUACCACCACAUAAACCCCCCACACUUCCUCUCGAUCAGAGCUAGUCCAAGGAGGAAAUAAACCCCAAGGAAACAGAAAGCUGCACAUGAAGACUGGAACAUGGAGAAUUUAGGGAAACGAUCCCUGCCCAUCUCUAUUCCUGUUACCCUGCCACACCCCUUCACAGGGCAUCCCAUCUCGCCGUCCAAGAGCUGGAGCCUUUCCUGGAGCCUUAGAAGCAUACUCCUUAGACUAACACCAGCUUGUAAAGGUCCUUGGUUGGGGAAUCUCUCGUAUGGCUGAUGGUCAAGAACAAAUGAACUGAAAUUAGUGAUGGCUGUUCUAAGUCCUGAGACUCUCGUUCAGGGAAAAUCAUCUUAAACUUGGGGGAGGGGGUCACACUUAAGAAUGGAGUGGUGCUUCUGAACUUUCAUGAGCAGCUAAACUCAGGUAUAUAUUUGGGGAAGGGACUACUCGUAGUAUUAAUGUGUUUGGAGCUGGGUCCAGUUUACAGAAUUUUCAUGUUGCCUUUUAAAAAUAAUUUUUGUUGUUGGUGGUGAAUGUAUUGUACAUAAGUGGGAAGGGUGGGUGGGGAUGUGGAAGAAAUGAAGUCCUAACUGUGGUGGGCACGCAGCACUAGAGUGAUCCUUAUCUGUUUACAAUCAUGUCACACUGAAUACUUUCGGGAGCUGGAGAAGAGGGUAGAAAAAGUUUACUCUUGUAAAUCGUCACUGUUUUUUCAGGAACUAGCCGUCCUUUGUUCGUUAAAGGCCUUCUUUCCAAUCAGCCGGAGAGGGUACCGUUGCACUGCCCCCUAACUGUUGAGUGUCUCGGUUUGGAGGUGGAGUGCUCACGCACGGCCUCCCAGAAGCGUCAGCCUAGAAGACAGUCUGCCUCUCAUCCAGUGGCCCGGAGCCUGGAUUUCAGAGAGCAUUGCCCUUCCUGAUUUGCCACCAGCCCUACCGGAUAGCUGUAAACCAGUAUCAGGAAUUGGGAUCACUAGAGUGUUUUGCUUAUUAGAAUAUAAAAUGAAUCAUCCUCUUCACAGACCUGCUGGGCCUGUGAUCUGGUAGACAUCACACAAAGCUUUCUGGCACGAAUCACAGUUUGUGGAAGUGACUACUCAGGUUUGUAUAUGUUAGUAUCAAUAAAGAAAUUGCACAGUUUUGAAUAGGAAAAAUGUAUUCUAUAGAUUUACAGUUUGAAUUUAGGAAUAUCUCCGUAUAUAUAGUUUUAAUUCAUGUUAAGUGAAUCAUAGUAAAAUAAGUCAUGGUGAUUUAAAAUAGCUUUCAGGAACAAGUCCUUGGAAAUCAUUUGUCAUAUCUGUGAUAGGAAACAAUUCUACAGUAUUAAAUUACUUUGUUAUGGUUUUAGAAGUGAAUUACACUGGAUUGUUCUUGUUUAGCAUUCUGUAUUUGAUUUUAGCUGAGAUGCCACCAAAGUUAGGACUCCUAUGUUUUAAACUUCGAAUAUCCCACAAAGGGGGGGGAAGAAAAAAAAAACCCUAAGGAAAAAUUCCCUGAAGUUAACAGGUUUUUGUAAAGAAUAGCAUAUUUUUAAGCAUGCCUUUGGGAUAGUAGAAAAGCUCCCAUAUAAUAUUAAUCUGCCCUAGUUUCUUACAAAUUCAGCCUUGUGAGGGGCCAUUAGAAUCUUUCCCUCCAAUUCCAGCAUCCUUGAUGAAACAUGGAACUAUCAUUUUUAAAGUUUGCUGUGCUAUGCUAUUUAGGAAAAGAAACAAAUUGCAAACAUCCAUGUUAUAGAGAUGGAACCCAAGACACCAGCUCCAGUGUAAAGGAAACUCAUACAAAUAAGGGAAUGAUUAUUGAGCUGGCACUGUGGCUCAUGGCUCAGGCAGGAUUGAGAGUUGCGUAGGGAACACAGGAGCCUUUAAGAUGUGAUGUGCAAAAACAUAGAUUUUUUUCUGUAAUAGACUCCAGUUUUAAAUUUGAUGUGCGUUUAAGUGGAAUGAGUUUUGAGGCUGUGUUCUCAUUUGGUCCUAAUUCUGGUUAGAAAGCGGUCACUGGCAUGAUCUGGUUUGGAAGCAUGAAGAGGUCAGUGCUGUCCCUGUAGGAAGAACAUGGUUCAGCUCUUGAGCAUAGGAUUAGUUCACAUGGCCGAUGCAUUACUCCUCCUGUUUUUGUGUCUGUGUAGAAGCAGGGAGGAGAGAAAGACCAACUGGUCUUGAUAGCUGGCUCAGGUCUAGUUAGAGUCGGUCUAGACCCGGAGCGUUCUGCCGCCAACAGCCUUCAUCUUCUCAUGUGAACGUUGGUGUGAGAGAGAGGCCUUUGGCUGCUGCCUGACACAAGUAGCCACAGGGCCUGUUCCCCUGGUGCUGAGGUUGGAGGCAUUGCUUUGUGCUAGAGGACCCUGGGGUGUGGGGAGGAGUGGACCAUAAGCAAUAGUUGGGCUGAUCUGUGCCCAUCCCCCCCCCGCCCCCAUUCGAGGUAACCUUUUCUCCUCUCCCAGCCCCUUACCCCCGUUACCUGUUGCUAGAGAAAAGCUGUGAACAAUAUAGGAAGAAAUCAGUCAAUUCUUUUAUCCUGAGCCUGCCUUCUUAGUAUAUAGAGAGGUGAGAAAAUGUUAAGGAAGAACAAUAUCAAGAAUUGAACUACUGUAUCAUAACACUGGGAGCAAGGGCAACAGCAGACUUGCCAACCUGGUUGUGCCCCAUGUGGGAGCUGGGUCGUGCAUUACAGGUACCAGCAGUCAGGAGCUGCAAGACUGCAGGAGCACAUGUGACCAUGGAGCUGCUGGGACCUGCUGAGCACUCCUCCCCUAAGCGGGACUUAUUCUUCUCUCCUAUCUUUCUCCUCUGGCACUUCUCUUCCCAAGUGUCUUAAACAGAUGCAGAUCCAUUUGCCCUCUUCUCCAUGAGGGGGUGGUGGUGUGUGAUAUGUUAUAACUAGAAAGUAGUGUGUGAGGAGGUCCUAAAAAUGGUCCGCUGUCGGACUAGGAGGACUCUCACAUGGUGUCCUCAGGUCAGCUCUCAGGAGUUCUCAGGAGUCCCCAGGAGCGGGGAACUGGGCUCCACGGGAAAUGAGGAAACUCGCACACCUGUCUGAUUGAACAGUCCUGGCUAGCCUUUAUUAGCGUUGUUAAUAAGUUAGGAUCUUUUUCCCUAAGACCCAGGAGGAAUAAACAACCCAGAAAGAAAAGUAAAGCUUUUUGAAAGGUUUCUGGUUUGGGUUUGUUGUUUGUUUUUCCCUCAGAGUCUGUUCUUUUAAAAAGUAGUUGUUGGUUGAAAUUUAUUAUGGUAGAUUCAUGUGAAGAGUAAGGGCAAAAUGUGAAGAUUCUUGUUCAUAUAACUUCUUCCAUCCCACCUUCUAAAAAUAAAAUGAAAGCCACUCUUCCUCUCCUUAAUCACAUUGGUUUGGUUCAGUCAGUGCACAUGAGCUUCUUAGUCAUGAAUCUUUUAUUCCUGCUGAGCCCAAGCUCUCAGAAGACAAAACUGUCAUGCUCCUCUUCAUGUUUAUGUUCAUUGAAAACCUGAAGAUCUGUAGGGGGUGUGUGCACCUUCGUUCACUCAGACCACAGCUUUCAGUGUCGAUUCACCCGGGCCUAGCGCUCAGACCUUGGAAAUGCUUCUCAUUAGUAAUUGGUGUCAUUACCCCAUGGCACGUGUCUGCUGUAUUAUCAUUUAUGGUAACUCCUAGAGUCAAAGAGGAUGCAAAGUGCUGUCCAGAACAUGCGAAAUCCCAGUGUUGUGGUCAUCACCAAUGUCAGAAACAAGCUCUCGAGCCAUACCACUUGGUUGGAUUUUCCUUCCCCUUUUUUCCUUUAAUGAAAAUUCAAAUCUAUAAAUAAUAUACUGCUCUUAAGACCUACCUAAUCUGAAAUUUCACAGCAAGUCUGACCUGAGCAGUCCCAAGACAAGGACAGUUACAUAGUGUCAGAAUGCUGACAUGCUCUCAAAGAAAUGAAGGCUUAGAGUUUUUGAGCAUUAUUGCUAGCGCCCCCACCUUGUGACUGUCAGUCCGCUCACCCCUGCCAGCUUCUGCAUGGACCUCCAGUGAGGAAGUCAGCUGUGUGUGUGUGUGUGUGUGUGUGUGUGUGUGUGAGUUUAAUGAUUGUUCCACCUCGGGGCAGGGGGGGGGGGGGGUUCUGGAAUGCAUUCCUGGCUAAUAGCUUUCUGUUCAACACUCCAGUGAGAAUACUGGGAAUUUGGGUUGAGCAGGCAGGGGCUUUUAUUCCUGGGCUCACAUAACUGUCUAGGAACUAAGAAUGUGAUUGAGAUUUGCUGCAUGAUAAGAAAUCCUUUUUCCUUUUUUGGUGGGUUGGACUCUGUAAUAUGGAGCCUUAGGACACCAAGCCUUGCCCUGCUUUUCAUUUGGGAAAACAGAACUUGAGUGAACAUUUCUGCAUGUCAUCUCUUAUAUGAAGCUGUGACACAAGCUUUGUCUCCAGGUUGGGUGUUUACGUGUCUCUGCUUUGUAGGUCUUUGCUAACCAGAAAUUUAGAGGGGCUGUCUCCCCGGCUCGUCUUUGUCUCUCACUGUGUACCAGGGGACUGACUGAACUUUUAAGUAGAAACGCCUGAUAACCAACUAAUUGUCCUGCAUGUGUUUUUGAAAGGGUGGGAUGGGGUUGGGAACAGGGGGUGUGGAUGUUGAGUAAGUUAUUGAAAUGCUGAACCCCGUUCAGUAUCCUUCGUGUGACCCUUUUUCCCUAGCUGGGACUCAGGUACCUCACUCUCCUGCCUUGCACACAGCUCCUGGGAGCCCAGGCCAGUCUCCACCAGCCUGCGGCACACAGUGUCAGGGAUUCUUUGCUCCUGCUGCAAAAGCCGUGUGAACUUUCCUGGCCAGUACUGGAAAGGGGAAUGCUAUUUAUUUUUAUAUUGUGUAUAUUUUGUCGUGGUCUGCUGAUUCCCUGUUUCACUGAGAGCGACACUUACCUCAAUAGUUAGUUCAAUAUUGUGUGUUUGGAUAAUUUUUUAAAAGAACUUUUUAAAAAGCUUUUUGAUCCUCAGAGGUCUGUAGAUUUAUUUCCAUAUGAACUGGUUAUUUUGUAUAAAGUACAUUCUUAAAAUA